AUGGAAGAACAUACUUCGGACGCUAUCGUCAACCGUGACGAGCCUGUCCCUGUAAUCUCCGUGGGGAAACAAGGGGACGAAUCAAGAGAUUCUAAACCUUCUGCUGGACAUCCGCGAUCCAUCUCGGGUGCUGGUCGGUCCUUGCAAGAUAAACUAUUCGCCAAACUCUUGCAGCAAGUAAUCCCGGCAGAAGAUGUCGACGACGACUCUGUGGUCAUGGGCGACAAGCGGCCUGUCGAUCCCAAACGGCCGGCCUUCAGUCUGCCCCUGAUGGCUAAUAACUUCCGCAGAUUCAAUGCAAGAAUUGGGAUUGUAUUCUCAUUUCAGACGCGCAUGGAGCGUUUGCUCAGCUGGAAAAAGUCUUCCCAUACUUUCUCUUUUCUUUUCGUCUACUCUUUCGUCUGCUUAGACCCUCAUCUCCUCGUAAUCAUACCCAUCGCUUCUGUCUUACUGUUUGUGAUGGUCCCCGCGUUUCUGGCACGCCAUCCUCCACCUCCAUCAACAUCAACAUCCAGUAUCACUCCUUAUUACUCAUACCAAGGCCCAGCACUUGCACCAGCCAAGACGAUCAAGCCGGCACCAGAGACAUCUAAAGAUUUCUUUCGGAAUAUGCGGGACUUGCAGAAUUGUAUGGCCGAUUUCUCUGACAUACACGAUGCAACGGUUUCUGCAUUCGCGCCUCUGACGAACUUCUCCAAUGAAAAGGUGUCGUCCGUUGUCUUUCUAGUCUGUACAAUCAUUACGGCUCUGUUGUUCCUGACUGCGCACCUCCUGCCGUGGAGAUAUAUACUCCUUGUGGGUGGCAACGCUGCUAUUCUGUCCAGCCACCCCAGCCUCCAGGAACUAUUCCAAAAUAUUGCAGGUGACCUUACAAAUGAACCCGCUGGGGAUGCUCUCACAACAUCCAACAAUGGCAAGAAGGAUACAGUGGACGUCCUAGGCGUACCCCUGCCAUCUUCUCCCUCCGCAACCAUGUCUUCAUUAAGGUCUUUGGCAGAUAUCUCCCUAGACACGUAUCCCGAAGAACGUGAGGUGGAGAUCUUCGAAAUUCAAUACCGCUCUCUGGCCCCUUAUUCUGACGCACAAUGGGACCACUUCAUUUUCAGCCCCAUGCCAUACGACCCACUAUCCCCAUUGCGUAUUGCUGGAGACCGUCCUAAAGGCUGCCGGUUCUUCGAGGAUGUUCAGCCGCCUUCUGGCUGGGCUUGGAAAAGCAAGAAGUGGGAACUUGACCUAGAUUGCCGCGAGUGGGUCGUGGAACGAAUGAUUACUGGUGUCGGCUUUGAAGUUUCAGAAAGUACCCCUGACGAAAGCGCGGCUAAUGACGAAAUUGGGGGUUGGGUCUGGGACGCUGCAUUAGGUAAUGAGGAGUUUGACUCCGACUUGAAAUCGUCCGGAAUGGGAGAUGUGAAGAAGGUCAAGCGGAAAGGAAAGGGACGCGCGUCGCAGGAUUACGAGGAGAAGGGAGGUACUGGACCAUCAGUGAUGGGGGAAUGGAGAAGACGACGAUGGGUACGAAUCGUUCACAGGACAAGUAUGCCAGCGGAAAGCGAUAAGGCAUAUACGGCCAGUGAAGAUAGAGAUUGA